AUGCCUUAUUUGUUGCGACCGACGUCACGGUUCGUCGUGCGAUCAGUUCAGCGCUGCGCGUACUCGAACGCACCCUCGCCUGUCAUCAAUGUCAUCAACUAUCCCGCACCGCAUUCUGGGAACAUCCGAAUCCUCUCAUUGAAUCGACCUGCCGCUCGCAAUGCCAUUUCAAAACAAUUGCUCUCCGAGCUCAACCAGCAGAUCGCUAGCAUACACAACGAGGGCCAGGCAGGGCCGACACGAGCACUCAUCUUGGCCAGUGAAGUUGACACAAGCUUUUGCGCCGGCGCAGACCUCAAGGAGAGAGCAACGUUUACGCAAGCAGAUACUGCCAACUUCCUCACUUCCCUUCGCAGCACCCUGACCUCGAUUCAAAAUCUCGCUAUCCCUACAAUCUCCGCCCUUGCCGCACCCGCAUUCGGCGGCGGCCUCGAGCUCGCUCUCACAACACAUAUGCGCGUCUUCGGUAGCACGACUACCGUCGCACUACCCGAGACACGCCUCGCUAUUAUUCCUGGCGCAGGGGGUACUUAUCGGCUCCCUGCGCUCAUCGGACUUGCGCGCGCACGCGACAUGAUACUAACAGGUCGCCGAGUCGGCGCGCCAGAAGCCUAUUUCCUGGGGCUAUGCGAUCGGCUGGUGGAGAUCACGCCUGAGGAGCAAGCAAAAGAGGGCGAAGCAAGAAAGAAGGUCUUGAACGAGGCAGUACAGCUUGCCAUCACAAUUUGCGAAGGGGGUCCGAUCGCGAUCAAGGCAGCAUUGGCGGCAGUUGAGGGGUGUGCGCUGGGUGAGAAGGCAGAGAAUGCGGCGUAUGAGCUGGUCGUCAAGACAAAAGAUAGAGAUGAGGCACUGGCUGCAUUUCGGGAGAAGAGAAAAGCUGUAUUCAAAGGGGAGUAA